AUGUUAGCUGCUAUUUUCGUGCUCACGGUGUUGGUGGCCACCUACAGCCUCUUCCACCUCUACCAGCGCCACACAGCCAAACCCAAGGGCCCUGUCUCUGUUAUCAGCAACAUCAAACCCAUCGAUAAGUCCUUCAGAUGGGAUACCACUGAACCUGAAAAAAUCCGUCCCUUCGUCAACAAAAAGGACUUCAGACCAAAUAUGGGCAUCAAGAACUUGGCGGCCCAGCCAGAACAGUGGCUCUUGAUCGAAGAUACGUACAGAGAAGUCACCACCAAAAAACGGGAUAUCACCUCCAGUAACGUCGAUAAAACCAUCCAGAUUAAUGAUAGCCCCCGGUCCCAGUUGGCGGCCAGAGAGUACUACGAUCUGUGUAUCAACUUCUUCUUGAUGCGGUACCCCCAGUAUUUCGUCAAGAAGGGCAAUCAGGUGUACAACAAAAUCAAUGAUGACUACGUGCCCGCGAGCCUGGCAGGUGAGGAUCCAAUGGCUUUAUACUUGGCAUUGGCCAGAACUAUGGAAGAGGACGUGGUGGUGUUUCUCAAAGACGACCCCAAUGACCACGAGAUGGAGUACACCUUGAGAAGUGGCAUCACCGGGUUCCCUUCUGGAUUUGAUCCUUCUGAUAAUCAUGAUAAGGUGAUCUCGGAGAUUCACGACGUGGUUCCGCAGUACAAGGAAAGAUUGAAACUUUCGAUGGGAAGGUUUUUUAACCGGUUGCAGCCAUCCGACUUAUGGGUCCGAUUCAACUGGACCAUCCAGACGCAUAACCAGCACUAUAAUCUUCGUCUCAACCACGGCCACGAGGGUGAAAGCAUCGAGGAGAUUAAAUUUGAAGAUAUCGACUUUGAAAACGGAUGUUUCUUGCGGUGUGAAAGGCAGGUGUUGACCAGACUCCCUAAGCUGGGAGCCAACAUUAUGACGGUUCGCACCUACUUGACGCCGAUUCUGAAGAUAAAGCAGGAAGGGUUGGCGGACGAAUUGUGUAGGGCCAUUGAUGCUUUACCUACUGAUUUGGGGUUCUACAAGAGAAGACCCGCGUGGGGGACCGCUGUUAAGCAGUACUUGAAUUUAUAG